AUGCGACUGAACAUUACGACACCGAAUGAGCGUCACGAUGAUGCCUGUACGUGUGUGGCUGUGUCCUUGAUGGGUGACGUCAUCAGCGCUGGGGACGAUUUUGUGCUUCGCCGGUGGAGCCCAAAUGGCGAGCCACUUGGCAAAGUACAUCAGUUUGACAGCUGCAUUACAUACAUCACCUGGGUCCCUCUCCAGGGGGGCCGGAAAGGACGGGGGGCCGCGGCAGGAACAAUUGAGGGAAAAGACAACUGCCUUGUAGCGUGUGCUGAUGGAACUUUUUCUUUUUUGAACGCAGCGUCCGGUCGCGUAGAACGUACCGUUGAGGCGCACGUUGGUAGCAUAACUGGACUUGUUUACUCUGCUGACGCCUCUUCGAUUGUGUCGUCUGGGGAAGAUGGCUGUGUGAAGGUCUGGUCGCAGGCCGGCAUUCCGCGCACGACGCUGGUUUCGGUUGGAAAGUGCGUUUACGCCCUUUGCUGGGGAUCUGAAACGACAGAACUUGGUGGCGACUGCGUACUGUACUGUUUUGGCAGUGAUGUGGUCAUUAAGCCUCUUAACCCAACCAUAAAAAGGCAACUAAAGUGGAAGGCACAUAACGGGGUUGUGUUGGCUGCGGAUUGGUCUCUCAUGACGGGAUUUAUCGUUACUGGUGGCGAGGAUGGAACGUAUAAAGUAUGGGAUCCUUGUGGGCGUAGUAUCUACGUCUCUGCUGCCGGUGGGCAUCCGUGUACGGCCGUCAAGUUCUCAGCCGACGGCGAAAUGUUUGCAGUAGGUUCCUUUAUGAACCUGCGGGUGUGCGAUAAAACUGGAUGGAGUCAUACAUACGAACGACUUCCGGAAGGUAGUGCCCUUUCACUUCAGUGGACAGCAGAUGGAACACAGGUGGUGGCGGGGUGUGGUAGUGGAACGGUUUGCACGGCACAGCUUGUGGACCGUAAAUUGUAUUGGGGCCAGUAUUGUGUGACACUUGUGGAUGGUAAUAAACUUUUAGUCCAGAACGUUCUUACGGACACGGUGGAGGAACUCGAACUACGUGAUAAAGUCAUUAAGGUAGAACUGGGCUAUGGUUAUCUCGUAGCGUGCACCACCACGCAAUGUGCAUGCUAUCCAAUUGAGAGACUCUCCGCACCCGUACAAUUUGAUCUCCGUGAUGUUGUCAUUACACUCAUUCUUGGAGAAAAACAGUUUCUUUUGUCCGACUGCAAUGCCGGAAUACAGGUUUACUCAUACGAGGGCCGACAGAUAUGUCUUUUGCGUUUGCAGGCGUCUCUUCGACCGGAAAUUAUGGCACCUGAUCUUGUUGCAUUGUCUCCAGAUACGGUGGCUAUUCGCAACCCUGCGGACCCCAAAAAGAUUUUUUUUUUUGAUACAAAUCACGGUAAACCCGUUGAUAACGCCACCAUCACGCAUCAUCUUGAGGUGUUGUCGCUGGAGCUCUCGCAGCCGGGUUCUAUUAGCGAUCGAAAAAUUGCCUUUGUGGAUCGCAAUCGUGAUCUUUACUUUGGU